GAAAUAGAGGUGGGUGGGACAACGCGCCGAGGGGGCCAAGUUGGUGAGCUGCCCGGUCGCUGCUCCCCAGGGAUCGCCGACCCCGACGCAGGGAUUUUGCAGGUGGACCAUGUGGACCCUGGUGAGCUGGGUGGCCUUAGUGACAGGGCUGGUGGCUGGAACACAGUGCCCAGACGGUCAGCUCUGCCCUGUGGCCUGCUGCCUGGACCUGAGAGGAGCUACCUACAGCUGCUGCAAUCCCGUUCCGGACAAGUGGCCCACGGCGCUGAGCCGGCGUCUGGGCACACCGUGCCAGACCGACGCCCAUUGCUCUCCUGGCUACUCCUGCAUCCUCACUGUCUCGGGGACCUCCAGCUGCUGCCCGUUCCCAGAGGCCGUGUCAUGCGGGGAUGGCCACCACUGCUGCCCCCAGGGCUUCCACUGCAGUGCUGACGGGCGGUCCUGCUUUCAAAGAUCAGAUACCAAGCCCGUGGGCGCCGUCCAGUGUCCCGACAGACAGUUCGAAUGCCCCAGCUCCUCCACAUGCUGCACUAUGCCUGAUGGCUCGUGGGGAUGCUGCCCCAUGCCCCAGGCUUCUUGCUGUGAAGACAAGGUGCACUGCUGCCCUCAUGGCACCUCCUGUGACCUGGCUCGUGGCCUCUGCCUCACGGCCACAGGCACCCACCCCCUGGCAAAGAAGAUCCCUGCCCAAAAGACUAAAAGGCCAGUGGUCUUAUGCCCGGACGCACGGUCCCAGUGCCCUGAUGGUUCUACCUGCUGCAAGCUGCCCAGUGGAAAGUAUGGCUGCUGCCCGAUGCCCAGUGCCAUCUGCUGCUCCGACCACCUGCACUGCUGCCCCCAGGACACUGUGUGUGACCUGAUCCAGAGUAAGUGCCUCUCCAAGGAGAAUGCCACGGACCUCCUCACCAAGCUGCCCGCACACACAGGUACCGGGGGAGGCCACAGACGCCGCCGUUCCACCUGCACCAUGAGGACGCAGGAGGUGAAGUGUGACAUGGAGGUGAGCUGCCCCGACGACUACACCUGCUGCCGCCUGCUGUCCGGGGCCUGGGGCUGCUGCCCUUUUGCCCAGGCUGUGUGCUGUGAGGACCACGUGCACUGCUGCCCGGCCGGGUUUAGGUGUGACACAGAGAAGGGUACCUGUGAACAGGGGGCCCGCCGGGUGCCCUGGAUGAGGAAGGCCCCAGCCCACGUCAGCCUGCCGGACCCCCGAGCCGUGGAGAAUGACGUCCCUUGUGAUAAUGUCACCAGCUGUCCCUCCUCCCAUACCUGUUGUCGACUCACGUCUGGGGAGUGGGGCUGCUGUCCUGUCCCAGAGGCUGUCUGCUGCUCAGACCACAAGCACUGCUGCCCCCAGGGCUACACGUGUGUGGCCGGGGGGCACUGUAAGAGGGGGAACAAGGUGGUGACCGGACUGGGCAAGUUGCCUGCCCGCCAGGCUUCCCUGUCCCACUCCAGAGACAUGGGCUGUGACCAGCACACCAGCUGCCCGGUGGGGCAGACCUGCUGCCCGAGCCUGAGCGGGGGCUGGGCCUGCUGCCAGUUGCCACACGCCGUGUGCUGUGAGGACCGCCAGCACUGCUGCCCGGCUGGGUACACCUGCAACGUGAAGGCCCGAUCCUGCGAGAAGGAGGUGGACUCUGCCCGUCCUGCUGACCACCUGGACCGCGGCCGGCACGUGGGCGUGGGGAACGUGGACUGUGGGAAGGGGCACUUCUGCCACGAUAACCAAACCUGCUGCCGAGACAGCCGAGGGGGCUGGGCCUGCUGUCCCUACCGCCAGGGCACGUGUUGUGCGGACAGGCGUCACUGCUGUCCCUCUGGCUUCCACUGUGGGACCAAGGGCACCAAGUGUUUGCUCCGGGGAACCCUGCGCUGGGACGCUCCUCAGAGGGACCCGGCCCCGAGGCAGCUGCUGUGAGGAGGGACUGAGGACUGAAGACACUCCGUGGCCCUCGGGACCCUGCUCAGAGGGUGCCCACUGCUCAGGCCUCCCCAGCACCUCUCCGCUGCCACAGUCUCCCAGACCCCCAUUUCUGAGUACCCCUGUCACCCUGGGAGGCGGGGCCUCAGUCUAAGGCCCUCCCUAUCCCAACGAGGGCUGUGGCAAAAGCCACGUUUCCAGCUGCCAUCCCCUCCCCCCAUUUCCGUGGACCCUGUGGUCAGGUGCUGUUCCCUAUCCACAGGUGUGCAUAUGUGUGUGUGUGUGUGUGUGUGUGUGUGUGUGUGUGUGCGCGCGCGUGCGCUGCAGUAAAGUUUGUACACUUUC